AGCUGCGAUGUAGCGACUGCAUCGUGUGGAACCGGCAGCAGACGUGGCUGUGCGUGGUGCCGCUCUUCAUCGGCUUCAUCGGCCUGGGGCUCAGCCUCAUGCUGCUCAAGUGGAUCGUGGUGGGCUCGGUCAAGGAUUACGUCCCCAACGAGCUGAUGGAUUCCAAAGGGAUCGGGCAGGACCCUUUCUUCCUUUCCAAGCCGACCACCCCACCCAAGAGCAUGGAGACCACCACGGCCGCCGCCGCCACCUCAAGGACACCCAACCGGAUCAGCACCCGCUUAACCACCAUGACCAGGGCGCCCACCCGCUUCCCGGGCACCCGGGUGCCCAUGCGGGCCAGCCCGAGAUCCACCACUGUGCGGCACACAGCGGCCCCCCCGACUGUCCUCUCCACCACUGUUCCCUUCAGCACCACCAUCCUGACCUCCCGCCCGCUGCCCGGGACCCCCAGCACCCCGCCGGUGCCCAUCUGGCCCACUGCGGCAUACGCUACCUCCUCCUAUAAGAUCUAUGUCCACGAUUCUGCUCCGUCCUGGACCUUAUCUCCCUUCCAGGAGUCCACCACCACCGCGCCAGAAACUAGCACUACCCCCAAAUCCCACACCACAACAUAUUCCACUGAGCGAUCUGAGCACUUUAAGCCAUGCAAAGACAAGGAUCUUGCAUACUGUCUCAAUGAUGGAGAAUGCUUUGUGAUUGAAACUUUAACAGGAUCACACAAACACUGCCGGUAA